AUGAAAUUGAGUAACUCCGUUGCUCUUACAUUCGCUUCGUUUUUGGCUGCCACUGCCAAGGCAGACACGUCUCCAUAUGCGUUGUCUCCAGCAGACCAACAGGCCGUAGUCAACGAACACAACAAGCUUAGAGCUCGCCACGUUGACACUCCACCACUUUCGUGGAGUCCAGCUGCCGCUACAUACGCCGAAAAUUAUGCCGCUAAAUUCGACUGUGUGAUGGCUGAUAUGGACCACUCGAAUGGUGAAGACUACGGUGAGAACUUGGCUUUUGGCUAUUCUCUUACUGGUGCCGUGGAUGCCUGGUACAACGAAAUCAGUUUGUACGAUUUCUCCAAGCCAGGGUUCUCAAAGAGUUGGGGUCAUUUCACCCAGGUUGUUUGGAAAGAUACCACCUCCGUUGGUUGUGCGUUGAGAGUUUGUCCCAGCGGUAAGUACGUUGUUUGUGAAUACGACCCUCCUGGUAAUUGGUCUGGUGAAUUCGGAGACAAUGUUAUGCCUCUGAUUGCUGCUACGACUACAUCUUCCACGACUUCGAGCACGACAACGACUACUCCCUCAUCUACGGAAAAGCCUGCAACGAGUACUCCAGCCGAGAAGACUACCUCUACCACUGAAAAGCCUGCCACGAGUACUCCAGCUGAGAAGGCUAGCUCUACCACUGAAAAGCCUGCCACGAGUACUCCAGCUGAGAAGGCUAGCUCUACCACUGAAAAGCCUGCCACGAGUACUCCAGCUGAGAAGGCUAGCUCUACCACUGAAAAGACUACUGCAAGUGCUACCACUGAGAAGACUUCUACAACUGGUGCAACUGAAAAGACUUCACCAACCACCGAGAAGACCGCGACAAGUACUCCAGCCGAGAAGACUUCCGCGACUACUGCACCAACAAGUGUUACCAGGUCUCAUGGUUACCAUAACGGAACCAGUGAGUUGCCAGCCACCACCGGUAAGGGUACUACUACCAAGACAACUGACGUCACCAGUUCCGGUGAACAGGGUCUCGAUGCCGUUUACAGAACCAGAACAACCCACAUUCACAGUGUCAUUUCCGAUGCCACCACCACGUACACCACCGACUACGACACGACAAUUGUUUUCUGUAUCUCCAACUGUCCAUCCAGCACUGCUACUGCUACCACUACCACUGGCGUCACUGGUCCAUCCGGUUUAGUCACAUCUUCUGCUACUGAUAGCGAAGACGCUCAUUCUGGCUUGGUUUCCACUACCACCACGGCGGUCACUGGUCCAUCCGGUUUGGUCACAUCUGUUGCUACUGCUGACGUCACUAGUUCCGGUGACCAGGGUCUCGACGCCGUUUACAGAACCAGAACAACCCACAUUCACAGUGUUAUUUCCGAUGCCACCACCACGUACACCACCGACUACGACACGACAAUUGUUUUCUGUAUCUCUAACUGUCCAUCCAGCACUGCCACUGCCACCACUACCACUGGCGUCACUGGUCCAUCCGGUUUGCUCACAUCUUCUGCUACUGGUAGCGACGACGCCAUCUACAAGACCAAGACUACCACCUUCCCACACGUUGUCGUUAACGGCACCAAAACUGUUACAAACCAAGUGGCAACUACGAUCACUGAAUGUAUUGAACGUUGUCACUACGAUGAUUCCACUCUAACGACCUUUGUUACCGUUGUUUCCAACUCGAUAACUGUCACCACUGUCACCAGCUGUCCAGUGCCUAAGCCUACUGCGAACCCAUCGAAGGGCUUUGGCGUCCCAACCUACAGAGUCCGCACCGAACACGCGACGAAGACUGCUCUGUUCACAUCUUUCACUACGACUUGUCCAGAGAGCGAGAAGACCACCGCGCCUGGUAAGCAGACGACUGUCACCGGUAAGCAAGCCACCACGACUACUGAAACGACGUGCCCAACUUGUACCAAGACCGGCAAAGCCACUGAUAAGGCCACUUCCAAGACUCAAGAAGUUUCUGUAGAGGCAAAGAAAGAAGGUGCUACUACUGUCACCACCACAACUGCUGCUCCAGGUACCACUGGUGGUGUCCAAACUACAACUUUCACCACCACUACUGCGAAGGCUCCAGCCGCCACCAGCGAGAAGUCUUCUGAGAAGAUUGCUGCCACUACCAACGUCCCAGUUGUCAACCAAGUGUCUGCUUCGAAGACUGAAGCUGCUGCUCGUGCCUCUAUCUCUACCCACUACACUGGUGCAGCCAGCUUCAUGAGACCUUUAAACGGUUUCAUUGUUGGUUUGAUCUCCUUGUUCUUCCUAUGA